GACAUCACCCAACAUCGCUUAGAGCACCUUUUUUAAAUACAGAAAUGUCGGCCCUCUGAAAAUUAUAAUCAUGCAUAAUAUGUACUCAGUACUUGGUUUGGGCCACUUUUGCAUGAAUUACUGCCUCAAUGCAGCAUGGAAUGGAUGCUAUCAGCCUGUGGCACUGCUGAGGUGUUAUGGAAGACCAGGAUGCUUCAGUAGCGGCCUUCAGCUCUUCUGCAUUGUUCGGUCUCCUAUGUCUCAUAUUUCUCAUAUUUCUCUUGGCAAGGUUCAGGUCAGGCGAGUUUGCUGACCAAUUAAGCACAGUAAUCCCAUGGUCAUUGAACCAGGUUUUGGUACUUUUGGCAGUGUGGGCAUACAAGAUAAGAUAGACUUUAUUAAUCCCACACUGGGGAAAUUCCUGUCCAGGUUCCAAGUCCUGCUGGAAAAUGAAGUCAGCAUCUCCAUAAAGCUUGUCUGCUGAAGGAAGCAUGAAGUGCACUAAAAUGUUCUGUUAGAUUUAAUAAAGCAGAGUGGACCAACACCAGCAGAUGACAUGGCUCCCCAAAUCAACACAGACUGUGGAAACUUCACACUGGACUUCAAGCAUCUUGGAUUGUGUGCCUCUCCGUUCUUCCUCCAGACGCUGGGACCUUGGUUUCCAAAUAAGAUGCAAAAUUCGAUCUCAUCAGAAAAGAGUGACUUUGGACCACUGAGCAACAGACCAGUUCUUUUUUUCUUUAGCCCAGGAGUUCCUCCUUCCCCAGGGGUAGCUCCUGCAGCACCGGGCUGGCCGGGACAGAGUGCUCGUUUCCUCCACACGACCCCUGGCCUCUCCCGGUACUACAACCAGACCAGGUCUAUCCAUGACACGGUGGUGGCCAGACUCACACCAGAGGACAUCAAGAAAGCCAGGGAGGCCAAGAAGGCCCUGAUCAAACCUGUCAGACAGAAGCUGAGUGACCGGGCCAAAGAGAGGAAGGUGCCCGCCACAAGAAUCAGCAGGCUGGUUAAUUUUGGAGGACUGGCAGUAGGACUUGGGAUUGGUGCCAUUGCAGAAAUGGCAAAACAGUCAUUGGGAGGCAAACAAAAUGAAGACAGGAAUUCCUUGUUAGACUCUCCUCUCCUGUCAGACGCCAAUGCUGAGAGAAUAGUGGACACACUGUGCAAGGUCCGUGGGGCUGCACUCAAGAUCGGACAGAUGCUCAGCAUUCAAGACAACUCCUUCAUCAGCCCCCAACUGCAGAGGAUCUUUGAGAGGGUCCGGCAGAGCGCAGACUUCAUGCCUGCCUGGCAAAUGAAUAAAGUUCUCGUGGAGGAACUGGGGCCAGGCUGGCGAGAGAAGCUAUCGUCCUUUGAAGACAAACCGUUUGCUGCAGCUUCCAUCGGCCAGGUGCAUCAUGGGGUGUUAAAAGACGGAAGAGAGAUCGCCAUAAAGAUCCAGUACCCUGGAGUUGCAGAGAGCAUCCAGAGUGACAUAAACAACCUGAUGUCAGUCCUAAAAAUGAGCGUUGUGCUGCCAGGAGGUCUGUUUGCAGAUGACAGCUUAGAGGUUCUUCAGAGGGAGCUGGCAUGGGAGUGUGACUAUAAGAGGGAAGCAGAGUGUGCCAAGAAGUUCAGGUCCAUGAUGGAGGGAAAUGAGUUUUUCCAAGUCCCUGAGGUGAUCGAUGAGCUGUCAGGCAGCAGGGUGCUGGCCAUGGAGCUUGUACAUGGAGUCCCACUGGACCGCUGCGUAGACCUGGACCAGGAGACUAGGAACCAGAUCAGUUUCAGAAUCCUCCAGUUGUGUCUCAGGGAGGUGUUUGAGUUCAGGUUCAUGCAGACGGAUCCAAACUGGGCCAACUUCUUCUACAACUCAGACACCAACAAGGUUGUUCUGUUGGACUUUGGGGCGUGCAGAGGCUACCCAGAAGCAUUCACAGAUGACUACAUACAGGUGGUGCACGCAGCGUCCGUGGGUGAUCGAGCUACUGUUCUUUCCAAAUCAAAGGCGCUGAAAUUCCUGACAGGCUUCGAGGCCAAGGCCUACGAGGAUACCCACGUGGAGGCGGUGAUGAUCCUCGGCGAAGCCUUUGCGUCCGUGGAGCCUUUUGACUUUGGCACCCAGAGCACCACCCAGCGCAUCCAGAGCCUUAUCCCUGUCAUGCUACGCCACCGCCUUACCCCUCCACCCGAGGAGUCGUACUCCCUCCACCGCAAGAUGGCCGGCUCUUUCCUUAUCUGCUCCAAACUGAAGGCGCGCAUAUCAUGCAAGGACAUGUUCCUAGAUGUAUACAAUGCCUACAACCAGAGGAGGCAGGCGCAGCAGGCAGCACGGGCCACUGCUUAGACGCUCGGGGACAUGCUCACUGCCUUAAUAUGCCUAGGACUUUUUAAGAGUGGGCUACUAGUAAAGGGACAGAAAAGGUGGAGUGGCCACGUGGAUCAGACUUACCUAAGACUUUACACCAUGUCAGUAUGUAACUAUGGCAACGUGCUUUAAUGAGGACCAUGAGUUUGCUCGGCUUUCUAUACUCGUCUCCUUCAAGUGCUACAGUCCACUGACAUCAGUUAGGGAAUAAUUUGGUCAAUCCCGCCCCAACAUGUCACUCUGACUCAUCGAGGCUUCACUAAGCUCUCGCUGUCAUGUACAGACAUAAAUACUUUAAACACCUAUAACUAUGACAUGGGAUGUGAUUACUUUGAAAAACGUGUGUGUGUGUGUGUGUGUGUGUGUGUACAAUGCUGCUGAAACUGUAAGCCAGCGUUGUGUUCUCAAGAUGUAUAUUUCCUUUGUGCUCCUGUGGCUAAAAUUAAUUAAUUCUGACUCUCUUAUAUAGCAUGGUCCACCCUAUUUCCAAGAGAAUGAGUAUCUUCUAUCUUAAGGACGAUUGAUUGACCCUGCAUUGCCUAUCAGAUGCUGCCAUGAAUUAUGUAGUCUAAUAGAAUAGCAGUAAGUAAAGGUUUAGCAUUAUAUAGUAUAUAUGAUAUAAAAUACCAUAAUGUGAAAUGCUAUUUUUAUGUAACACUUCUUGAUGACAUGUUUUCUGUAACAUGUAUGACAGUGUGCUGCGCAUUUGUUUUUAUGAAAUAAAAUAUAUGUAUCACAAAUA